AUGGUGCUCCAAGUCAACAGACACUCAAAAACAUACUUGUUACGUAAAGCAGCCAGUGCUCACAAUUCCUCCUUCACCUGGUGCCUGCCGAUUGCCCUGUGCCGCAGUGUUCUCAUGCGUGUAAGGUGUCUCCUACGUGACCACUUUGCGCGCCCUUCCCCCCACUCGCUGGAUCCCGGUGGCGACGGCUGUUCAGGCCGCCGGGGACGCAAGGGAAGGACUGGACAGGCCGCUGCCGGGGAGGGCAGGUGCGGGGGCACGGGCGGCGGAUCUGGGAACGGAGCCCGCGAGUUCCUGCUUCCUGCUGCGCGCAUCCCAUACCAGCCCUCAUUCCGCGCAUUCCAGGCUCGCUCCUUUCAAACUCCAGGCCGGGGGGUGGGAGGGCCCGCAGCUCCCGGCUCCCCGCCCGCGGCCGCGUGCCCCGCAGGUCCAACGGGCGCUCCUCCAAGCGGAGCCUUGGAGGGCAAGGCCGGCACCAUUACCUCCAACGAGUGGAGCUCUCCUAACUCCCCUGAGGGGAGCAAUGUGUCUGGGGGCAGUCAGGCAUUGGACAAGCCCAUUGACAAUGACGCGGAGGGCGUGUGGAGCCCGGACAUCGAGCAGAGCUUCCAGGAGGCGCUGGCCAUCUACCCGCCCUGCGGCCGGCGCAAGAUCAUCCUGUCGGACGAGGGCAAGAUGUACGGUCGGAACGAGCUGAUUGCCCGCUACAUCAAGCUCCGGACAGGGAAGACCCGCACAAGGAAGCAGGUCUCCAGCCACAUCCAGGUGCUGGCUCGUCGCAAAGCCCGCGAGAUCCAGGCCAAGCUAAAGGAUCAGGCAGCUAAGGACAAGGCCCUGCAGAGCAUGGCUACCAUGUCGUCCGCACAGAUCAUCUCCGCCACAGCCUUCCACAGUAAAAUGACCCUCACCCGGGGCCCAGGCUACCCAGCAGUCUCGGGGUUUUGGCAAGGAGCUUUGCCGGGCCAAGCCGGAACAUCCCACGAUGUGAAACCUUUCUCUCAACAAACCUACAAUGUCCAGCCUGCGCUGCCUCUGCCAGGGUUUGAGACUCCUGCAGGACCCGCCCCGUCGCCGCCGGCACCCCCGUGGCAGGGCCGCAGCGUGGCCAGCUCCAAGCUCUGGAUGUUGGAGUUCUCUGCCUUCCUGGAGCAGCAGCAAGACCCUGAUACGUACAACAAGCACCUGUUCGUUCACAUUGGCCAGUCCAGCCCAAGCUACAAUGACCCCUACCUCGAAGCCGUGGACAUCCGCCAGAUCUAUGACAAAUUCCCGGAGAAAAAGGGUGGGCUCAAGGAGCUUUUUGAACGAGGACCUUCCAAUGCCUUCUUUCUUGUGAAGUUCUGGGCAGACCUCAACACCAACAUCGAGGAUGAAGGCAGCUCCUUCUACGGGGUCUCCAGCCAGUACGAGAGUCCAGAAAACAUGAUCAUCACCUGCUCCACCAAAGUUUGCUCUUUUGGCAAGCAGGUGGUAGAGAAAGUAGAGACGGAAUAUGCCCGCUAUGAGAAUGGCCACUACUCGUACCGUAUCCACCGGUCCCCACUCUGUGAGUAUAUGAUCAACUUCAUCCACAAGCUGAAGCAUCUGCCGGAGAAGUACAUGAUGAACAGUGUGCUGGAGAACUUCACCAUCUUGCAGGUGGUCACCAACAGAGACACGCAGGAGACGUUGCUGUGCAUUGCAUAUGUCUUUGAGGUGUCGGCCAGCGAGCAUGGGGCUCAGCACCACAUCUACCGGCUGGUGAAAGAAUAAGAGACUUGGGGAGCAGGGAGGGGGAAGAGAUGUGUGUGCAGGGCCACGGGGAGGGGACCUGCAGGGACUGCCUCCUGCAAUGCUAAGAGAGCUCAGGCUACGAGGUCAUGACUAUUCCUACUCAGGAAAAAACUGUGCCUGAACCUGCAAUGCCCAGUCCCAAAUAAACCCAAGAUGUUGUGUAUCCCAGAGGGCCUGAUCUGGCUGUUUGAGCCUUGGGAGGGACUGUGGGAGAAGGGGGGCAGUUUGGGAAGCCGGCCCAGAGAUACAUCUUGGGCAGUUCUGAAACCAGUGCCUUAUUGGACUCAGCCGGAACCAUCUCCAGAAGCUGAAGCUCAAGAUGGGACGGUCCCUCUGUCGCCACUGGAGCCCCGCAUCCUGCUGCUGGCCACCCAGGGAGACCCGAGGAUAGGCGCGUGGGUUCUCUGUUCUGUGAAUGAUGCAUGUGCACCCCCUGCCUGGGACAGCUGACAGAGACCAGGUCCAGCCCAGGGGUUGGUGUUAAGGCAUGGGGGUGACAGUUGCUGGAAGGGCUGGAGUGGGCAUGGUCAGUGCUUUAGAUGGUUUCCAUCCAUCUCUGGUGGGCGCAGAUGCCAUAGCAGUGCUGCUUGGGGCUUGGACCAGGAGGCCAGAAGACAGUUCAGGCAGGGAGGCCGGUGUCACGCAGCAUCCUUGGUGUUGAAGCCAAGAAAGUUGGUCAAAGGUCUGUGGUGGUCUGGGGGUCUCUGACCUCCAGUUCUGACGCUCUGCAUGUCUUACCUCCCUCCCCGCCAAGAGGCCUGUUGUGUAGUGACCAUCUUGGACCCAGCCUGGGCCAUCCACUUCUUCCCCAUGGUCAUUUCUUGCUCCCUGGGGAUGGAGGAGGAGCAUGGCGCCCACUGCGGCCUACAGGGAGCCAACUCUUUUAUUUCGCCUAAGAACCUUUCUGGGCUUUGGGUUUCAGCAGCCCUGGCUUUAGUCCUAGUAGUCCAGCUGCCUGACUGGGGAAAUUUCUCCAUCUUUCCUCUCUGUAAAGCGGGAAGGCAAUGAUGCCUCCUUUAGAAGGUCUUAGUGAGGAUGAGGGGUAAUGUCUACAAAGUGCCUGCUGCAAGAUGCACUAAAUGUUACAAUCAGCUCUUCCUAAGCUCCCCCUCCUCCAGGUUCUGGCUCUUUGCUGCCAUCUGGUGGUUCUUUGGCACCACCUCCCCUAAUAGGGAGCCACAAUUGCAGGAGUGGAGCAGAGCGGAAUGGAAAAAUCAACCCUUGUGUUCCCUAAGUGCCCAGCUCUCGGGGAGUUGUUUGGGGAUACAAAAAUGAGUGCGACAGCCUGGAGAAGUAGUUAGGAGCAGGGACUCUAGAGUCAGACAACUGGGGUUGGAAUCAGGUGCUCAGCUACCUACUAAACUUGGGUCAGGUUACUUCAUUUCACUGGGCCUCAGUUUCCCCAUCUGUAAAAUGGGUCUAAUAAUAGUACCUACCUCAUAUAUAUAUAUAUAUAUAGAGAGAGAGAGAGAGAGAGAGUUCCUAGCAUAGUGCUAAGCACAACAUGUUCAAAAUAGAUACAUUUUUAUUAACAACAGGAGCUUAUCCUGCAAGAGUCAGAUGGGACAGUCUAAAGUAAGGUGGGUUGGUCCUCAUCAGAAUACCCGGAGUUCAGAGAUGGGAGAGCAGAAUGUGAAAGCGAAUGUCAAGGUUGAGAGGAGCUGCCUUCUAAGCGUGGAUGACACUUAGGUAAGCUCACUAGUGUUCCAGAGUGGGAAAGAAGCCAGCAGCUACCCCAUUUCCCUCUGUCUUCUAGGGCGGCGUCUCUCCAAACACCCCUGGUUCUGGAGUUGCACAACUCCUCAGUGUGAUGUCAUGGGGUGGGGGACACUCACAGGUCCUUGUGUAGGUUUGGGUUUGUGGGAGACUCUUCUGCCCCGGUGACAUCACAGCUCUUGCCCUCCUCCUUCUCACCUCUAACUCUGGGGCUUGUGGAUAAGGGGAGUCCUGGAUGCCCACCCAUCUGGCUUGACUGCACCUUCUGUCCAGGGCCACUGGCAGGUGAGCUGCCUUACAGUCUGGGACAAAGGCAUGAGUGAAGUGGAUGGUCGUUUGUCAUGGCUGGGAAGGAGUAGGUGCAGAGGUGGCUGGCACUAAUUUUCCCUUCCCUCAGGAGUUUCCCGCAGUGGACCCUAGGAGACCUGCUACUCGUGGCUGUCAGUGCCAGCCCUGUCAGCAUGGGGAGCGCAGAUAUAGCCGCUUCUCCCCUGGAGUAGUCAGACCACUUGGGACAAUUGGGAGACCUGCCGGUCGCCCCUCUUGCAGCCUCCUCAGACACUGCCUUGGGCUAAAAUCCCUGUCUCCUGCACAUCCUCCUGCCCUUUCUGCCUCGAUGCCCAUGUCCCCUGGCCAGUCCCCAUGUUUGGGCCAGUGUGGAGUCACCUCUCAUGAAGAAGUGUUCCAUUGACCAAUGAGGCCCCACUACCCUGCUGGCUACAGGUGCCUUUGAAUUCUAACCUCAGCCCACAGGUACGGGCACGAGCCCCAUUUUAGGGCGGGCUUGGGGAGGUUACCUGCCUUUCUUGGAGUGUUAAUGCGUUUGUUCGAUAGCCUGGCUUGCUUUGCCCCAGGCGUGGGGGUGUUUUCGGAGCAGAACAGAUGAGGCCUCUGAGGCUUGGGCUUCACUCAGGAAGAAAGGAAAUGAGAGGUAGACAAGACCUGCAGCGGGAUCCCGCUGCCAGGGCAGUGAGUGGGGGCUGAGGCCGAGGGGCACAGGGCACCCUCGGAUGCCUGGGGGUGUGGGUGAGGGAGAGCUUUCUGACUAGGUGCCGGAAGGGGACUGAGAGGAAUAUGUCAAGAGAGAGGAAUAUGUGUCAGUGACAGAAAGGAAUAUGUCAAGAAUGGGUGGGGGUGUGGGGGACAGGAGACUGGAGCAAAGAUUGGAGGAAGAGGGCCUAGGUCCUGUCCAGGCUGACCAUCCAGUUGAGGAGGAAUGGACAUCCACCCCCUGCUUUGUGAACCAGCACCUCGCUUGGUAAGGACUUUGGGUUUUACUCUGUGGAGAGUGGUCCUGAGAGUAUUUUAAGCAGGGGAGUGAGUCUUAGAUCUGGUUUUCAGAAAAUAACACUGGAAUGUUGUGGAUUAUAGGGAAACACAUGUAAUUGUCUUUCUGAGUCUCUUUCCUCCUAGACUCAGCUUUUGUGGGUGGAGAUGAUGGAUUUCCCGGCCUGUUCUUUUCUGUAAAUCAAACACCAUGUCCUCUCCGUGCUCAGUAAAGGAUUCGUGAGUGGAUGCUAGUGGACAUGAACGUGUGACCCAUGCUGGCUGGGCCUGGGAGGGGUGUAAGAGUCCCCACACCCUCUAAGAUCCAGCUCCUGCCUCCUGACCUUCUAGAGCUAGCAGGCAGCAUCCUGAGAUGGGGACCUGGAAACAGACUGCCUGUCAUGGGUCUGAUGGUGACCACACUGCCCCAGUGGCCACCAGUGCCUGCUUGGUGUGGGGUGAUCUUCCAGAUGAGAGGGAAAGCUACAGAGUAGUGCAUGUGCAUAGGCAGGGCUCUGCCUGUCAAGACUGAAGCCAGUGGAAGGCGGAGCAAGGGGCUAUGCCCCAGGUAUCCCCAUACAUCUGUCUAUGGGGUCAGGGGACAGUGGGCAGGGUGGUGAGGGGCUGGAAGUGGGAAGCAGCAUCCUUGUAAGCAAGGGUGGUGGCAGCAGCGAGCUCCUGAAUCAUCAGACUGUAGACCCAUCUGCACAGGUGGAAAGUCAGCUGAAGCGUUUGUGUUAGAGUUCACAGCCAGGCACUUCUACCCACGUCACUAUUAGACCCCUUCCCAUGUUACCUGUUAUGCUGACUCCAAGAAUGCGAAUGUGGUGCUUUUCCCUGAAGAGUUAAAUCUCAAUAAAUCGUUGCUAAGAACUUAAACCCUGCAGCCAGGCUGAUCUAAGUCUGAAUUGGCAUCUUACAAGUUGGGUGAUAAGCCUUAGCCACUUGGAACCUUAAGGUGACCUCAUUUGUGAAAUGGGAAUAUGGUGGGUUGACUUCAGGAUGCUUCUCGCAGGGGGGAGACAAUGCAGGAGGGUGAAGGUAGCAGGAGGUUACGGCACCUCACUCAUGAGCUCAGGCAUGUAAAAACUUACCUACUCUGCUCUUUACACAUGCACUUAUACACCUGUGUGUGUUCAUGCACACAUACACACACACUUGAGAAAGGAAAAAAAGCUAAUUUUAAUGUAUUUAAAGCAAGCGGGGAGGGGACCUCAAGUCUUGGCUAAGCAAAAUCUGUCCACCCAGAGACAGGUGCACUUUACCCUCAUCCUGGAAUCAGAAACAGGAAGGAGGUGCUCUAAAUUGGGGCGAUAACUAGUCCAUCAGGGUGAAAAAGAGGCCGGGGAAGUGUCUGGAAAGGGAGAACAGGCGAUGGGCUCAGCCAUACUGAGGAAGAAACUGUCCAGAAUUCAGUUUUUGUUUUACUUCCUGAGAGUGGGCUGGGAGAGGUGGUUGAUCAAGUGCCUUCAUGGAGGGUGCGAGCCCCGGGGGUGCAGAGGGCUAAGGAGGUUUAAGCUCAUGGAUGUCUAAGAAUUCAACUUGAAGUUUUUUGUAUUUUUUGCUAUGUAAACUCCUUGUGUCUCCAGAUCUUCAGUAAAGUCUGCUACAUAUACAAGGCUUUUGUGUGAGUGAUUUCUCUUUACAGAAACGAGGAUGUUGUACCUCUGUGGACAGUGUGGGGACAGCAGUGGCAGCGGAUUAGGCCCGAGGAGGCAGCUGUCACUGAGCCAGACCCCUGGAGGUGGGAACUCAGAGCCCAUCCAGCCUGCCCAUGUCCUUUUCGAGACAAUGAGAAGCACAUGGGGUGCUGCCAAGCAUUGGGUCACUUUAUGAGGAUAGAAUGGGGGCCCUGGUUCCUCUCUGCAUCUGGGCUACGCGGCCCCUCACCUCCUAAAUGAAGUCUG